ACGAUGAGUGUUUCAUGUCGGUUGUUUUGAUUCUUGGUGUGCGCUGUAUUUGCAGGUGUUGUGCAGUAAAUUAUCCAACACACACAGCAGCUGGUGCGGCGGCAAUGGGCCCAGCAAUAAAGAAGCAACGCGGGUGGGAAAAAUUGCAUUCGGAACCGAUCUCAAAAACUUGCGCCUUGCAAACGACGUGCUCGUGGUCAUAGUUUGUCCGUCGAGUGAUAUUGCCGCGGUACAACGCGAUCCCCAGGUCCAACACACCGUCAAGUGGUUGUCGCGGUCGGCAGUGCGUGCAAAGAACAGCGGCAGCGAGAGCGUUCCGUUCUGAAAAGACAAACGGUCAACUGCGGGACAGUGUAAAUUAGUCCCCGUCUCGGAUACAGCGAGCGCGUUAAAGUGUGUGUGUGAGUGUGUGUGUGUUUGGUCUUGAAAGUCGUGCCGCACCAGUAGCCGCAGCACAUCUUACUACAGAGUGAAGGUUCAAUCGAUCCACGGGAAAUUCCGUACCGUCACGUAAUCGCGUGAAAAUUAUCACCCCUACCGACCACCACCACCGGAAGCAGGAAAAGUAGCCACCGAGCAGCAGCAGCACCAGCAGCAGCAGCACAACAUAACAACAAUGUUCACCGUUUGCAAGAGUGCGGCAGGGACAACGCUGGUCGCCAGCCUGCAAAGGUAUGGCGUCCGCGCAAUGUCGUCGUCGGUGGUGCAUGCCCCCAAGCUGGCCGAAUUCCCGCUGGAGAAUGAACCGAUUCUCGGCUACCGCAAAGGGUCGAAGGAACGCAAAGAGCUGGAAAGUGCGCUGAAGAAAGCCGCCUCCAAGAUGGAAGACGUGCCGAUCGUCAUCGGCUCGGAAGAGAUCCGCUCGAAGGAGGUGCGUCACCAGGUAAUGCCACACAACCACAAACACAAGCUGGCCCAGUUCUACUACGCGGAUCAAAAGCUGCUGCAGAAGGCGAUCAAGACGGCCACGGAAACGCAGGUGAAGUGGGACCGCACCCCGCUCGAUGAGCGCAUUCGCAUCUGGCAGAAGGCGGCCGAUCUGAUGGCCGGUCCGUACCGCCAGGAGCUGAACGCAGCCACCAUGCUCGGGCAGGCGAAGACCGUGAUCCAGGCGGAGAUCGAUUCCGCUGCUGAGCUGAUCGAUUUCAUCCGCAUGAACACGUACUACCUAAAGGAGGCGGCCAAAUAUCAGCCGAUUAGCGAGGAUGCGAAGGUGACGAAAAAUUCGAUGCGAUUCCGUGGCAUCGAUGGGUUCAUCGCUGCCGUCAGUCCGUUCAAUUUCACUGCCAUCGGCGGCAAUCUGGCGUACACGCCCGCCCUCAUGGGUAACGGUGUGCUGUGGAAGCCGUCCGACACUGCCCUGCUCUCCAACUACGUCAUUUUCAAGAUCAUGCGUGAGGCUGGCGUACCACCGGGUGUGGUAAACUUCGUGCCCACUGAUGGUCCCGUCUUUGGCGAUACGAUCACAGCCUCACCGCAUCUGGCCGGUAUCAACUUUACCGGUUCAGUACCAACGUUCAACCGGUUGUGGCGCCAGGUGGGCGAGAACAUUAACAGCUACAACAAUUUCCCCCGACUGAUUGGCGAGUGCGGCGGCAAGAACUACCACUUUGUGCAUCCGUCCGCGGAUGUGGAGUCGGUGGUGAACGGCACGAUCCGGUCCGCGUUCGAGUUUUGCGGUCAGAAGUGUUCGGCCUGUUCGCGUAUGUACGUGCCCGAGUCGCUGUGGCCGAAGGUGAAGGACGGGCUGCUGAUGAUCCGUGACACGCUCAAGGUGGGCGACGUGACCGACUUUUCCAACUUCACUUCGGCCGUCAUCGACGACAAAGCAUUUGCGCGUAUCAAAUCGUACAUCGAGCACGCCCGCAGCUCCAAAAAUCUGACCAUUCUCGGCGGCGGCAAGUGCGACGACAGCAAGGGUUACUUCAUCGAGCCGACCAUUGUGCAGACCACGGACCCGACCGAUCGCAUCAUGACGGAGGAAAUCUUUGGCCCGGUGCUCACGAUCUACGUGUACAAGGAUAAGGAUCUCGACAGUGCGAUGAAGCUGGUCGGUGGCUCGACCCGGUUCGCACUGACCGGUGCCGUGUUUGCGCAGGAUCAAGCAUUCCUCAAACGAGCACUCGAAGAGUUCAAGAUGACAGCCGGUAACUUCUACCUGAACGACAAAUCAACCGGUUCGGUGGUCGGCCAGCAGCCGUUCGGCGGUGGGCGUAUGUCCGGCACGAACGACAAGGCCGGCGGACCACACUACGUGCUGCGGUGGGCCACUCCGCAAUCGAUCAAGGAAACGUUCGUCCCGCUGAAGGAUAUCGAUUAUCCGUACAUGCGUGAAUAAGCGCACCACGCACUCGGCGUACGAUAAAACAGCUGGCGAUGUUUGUUUUGUUUUUGUUUUGUUUAUAGAGUCGAACGAUUAGUCCGCUUCCGCUCAUGUUGGGUGAGAAUUUUGCGUCUAUUCCUUAACCGUCCGGUUUCCCCCAUUGUUUUUUUUUCACAUUUCAGCCCAUAUCGAGCUAUUUAUCAGUUGAUUUUUUCUGUUAUCGUACUCUUACGUUGCGUACGACGGACGAUUUCCCAUUACUCGUAGAGCCUAAUUCAGUCGAGUCGACACCCCUCAGCAGCAGGACCUGUAGUUAUGUUUUUCCUUGUUUUGCUUCCCAACAUUAAGCUGAGCUUAAUUGCAGCAAUUUGUCUGCAAAAGAUUCAUUUUUUACAUGGUUGCUUCUCACUUGCGGAAAACUAUUUUGAGAAGGGGAGGGCAAGCAACUGGAAGCCGGACGUGAAAUGAAAUGUUGUGUUGGUGUUACAAUAACAAAACAGAACGCCGGUGCCCAGAAUACAAUUUGACAAUACUUAGCGAAGCAACCGCGCGCCCCGGGACCGCCGCCGUUCCCGACGCAGGAAGCAGUACUAAAUGCAAUCCGCAUUACUAAGCUAUCUCCUCCGUUCACACGGCCGUGCUGGUCCUUCUUUUCUGUUUCCCCUUCUCUCCGACGGCAGAAGCACGCUGUAAGACGGCCAGUGCGCGUGCUGCUGCUUGCGCAAGGGAGAAGCGGGCCAUUUUAUAGUGUACCUACUUGUUGAUUAUGCGCUGAUCUUCUUUUGCGAGAGCACGGGCUCGGACGAUACGGAAACGGCUCUCACUGUGAUUAAUUAGAACGAAUUGCAAAAAAUCCAGUUGCGAAUUAAGUAUUACCGAUGCGGCGGUGUCAAUGGAAAACACACAACAGCCAUUCGAUGACACGUGUGCCGAUGUGGUGCCGGGUCGGGGUCUGAUGAGAACGAACGAGAUAUACUACCACAGGUUACAUAGAGCGAUACAUACUGACCGACCGACCGUAUUUGUGUAGACUCCACUUCUAUAUGUAAUCAUCAGCGAACAACAUAAAACCAAAUCUCAACACAAAACCAUCUAUACCAUGUUGUGUGGUGCGUGCGUCAGUAUACCAGUAAACCACGUGCGUGCAACGGCAUAACACACAGCAAACAAUGCCCCCGGUUUGUUGCCGCAUUACAGGCCGUACCAGACCAGUGUGGUGCAAGCAACUAUCAUAAGCGUAGUGUAAGAAAUGAGACAACAAUAAUACUGGAUAAUAUUGAACGAAAAAGAAACACACACACACAAUGGAUAAGUUAAUAAAUGUUUUAAAAACUGAAAA